UCUCGGAGAGCAACGAGAGAAGACAGGGAGAGACAGAGCGAAAGCACACGCAUCAUGUCGGAAUUCGCCGCAACAGAGGCGAAAGCAGAAAGCCCGCAAGAGGCGCCGGCCGCCGCCCCCGCUCCCGCCCCCGCUCCAGAGUCUCGCAGGGGGCGCCACGAUGUAAAGCAGGAGCACCUCGCCGUCCAGACUGUUCGCUUCAAGAAUGAGCUGGAGCGUAACAUCACCAUCAAGCUGGGGUACGCGAACGCCAAGAUCUUCAAGGCUGUCGAGGGAGCCGUGCCGGGGCCAGGAAACUUCAGGUCGAAGGGGAGCCACCACGGUGACAGGUUUGAGGAGGACGGGAAGACGUGGGAGCUGCAGAGACACGUCUCCUUCGUGGACUGCCCGGGGCACGACAUCCUCAUGGCCACCAUGCUUAACGGCGCGGCGGUGAUGGACGCUGCGUUACUUCUGGUAGCGGGGAACGAGACUUGUCCGCAGCCGCAGACUAGCGAGCACCUGGCCGCGGUGGAGAUCAUGCGGCUCCAAAACAUCAUAAUCCUUCAAAACAAGGUGGACCUGGUGAAGCACGACCAGGCGAUGCUGCAGCACGAGCAGAUCCGCAAGUUCGUCGCCGGCACGGUGGCGGACGACGCCCCCGUCAUCCCCAUCAGCGCGGUGCUCAAGUACAACAUCGACGUGGUGUGCGAGUACAUCAACUGCAAGAUUCCCAUCCCGGUGCGGGACUUCACGAGCGUGCCGCGGCUCAUCAUCAUCCGAUCCUUCGACGUGAACAAGCCCGGCGAGGAGGUGGAGCACCUCAGGGGAGGUGUGGCGGGUGGUUCGAUCGUUCAGGGCGUGCUGCGGGUAGGGGAUGAGAUCGAGGUCCGCCCGGGCAUCGUUACUAAAGAUCCCGAGGGGAACGUUAGGUGCGAGCCGAUCUUCUCGAAGAUCUUGUCGCUGUACGCGGAGCAGAACGACCUCAAGUUCGCGGUGCCCGGCGGGCUUAUCGGAGUGGGAACCAGGGUGGACCCGACGCUCACGCGAGCGGACCGCCUGGUGGGGCAGGUGCUCGGGCUUAAGGGUAACCUACCGGACGUGUUCACGGAGGUGGAGAUCAGCUUCUACCUCCUCCGGCGUCUGUUGGGAGUUAAGACGCAGGAGGGCGGCAAGCAGGCCAAGGUGCAAAAGCUCCAGAGGCAGGAGAUCUUGAUGGUCAACAUCGGAUCCACGGCCUCGGGGGGCAAGGUGCUGGCGGUCAAGCAGGACCUGGCAAAGAUUCUCCUGACGCAGCCGGUCUGCACCCAGGAAGGAGAGAAGAUCGCGCUCUCGCGGCGUGUGGACAAGCACUGGCGUCUGAUUGGCUGGGGGCAGAUCAGGCGGGGGAACAAGAUCGAGAUCCAGGAACCAGCAAAGUAG